AGGUUGGUAUGGUAAAAACGGGGCGCGUGGAUGAGGAGGAGCAGCUGCAGUGAGGUGGAACACCGCGGUAACCACGGGACCGUCUAGCCCCGCCCACCCACCAUGCCCUCGUCCACGCGGAAGGGAGUGCCGAAGGACCCAGAGCAGGCCGACCUCUUCUUCAAAGAAGACCCCGAGGAAGUCUUCUGUGACCUCCACGAGAUCGGCCAUGGCAGCUUCGGGGCUGUCUACUUUGUACGUAAACUGAGAGCCUGACUUGAGAUAAAAAUGCAUGUCUUAUACAGGUUUAAGUGUGAAACAUGCAUGGGUGGAACUCCAGUUAUGAAGCUAGUAGUGAUAAAGUAAUAGUAGGGUUAUAUGCUUGAAAGAGUAGCAUUGGCUCUACUAUUACACAGAACUAGCUGGCAUGGCUAGAGUGUACUCUAUGCAUUUUGUGGUUGAGUGCAAUCCGUAUUCACUAGGAUGAUGUUAGUCUGUGGCUAUGUCAGAGUCCAGGGACAAGAUCACACACUUUCUCAAGGUUGUCUGAUAAUAACUCUCUCUGCUGCCAUUUCCGUUAAGUUUCUCUGCUGCGUUUCUUAAUCCGCUCGUCACUAAUGACACAAAGCCUUUGAUUCUAAAGCAACGCAGAGAGAGCGAGAGGACGAAUCCGCCAGCACCAAUCCCUCCAUCCUCCUCCUCCUCCUCCUCCUCCCUUCCCUCUACCUCUCUCCUCCAUCCUUCCCCUCAUCCCUCCCUCAGCCUCUCUCCUCCAUCCUUCCCUCAUCCCUCCUCAGCCUCUCUCAUCCUCCCCAUCCCCUACCCUCUCACUCCUCCUCACCUCACCCCUCAGCCUCUCUCCUCCAUCCUUCCCCUCAUCCCUCCCUCAGCCUCUCUCCUCCAUCCUUCCCCUCAUCCCUCCCUCAGCCUCUCUCCUCCAUCCUUCCCCCUCCCUCACCUCCUCACUCUUCUCCUCCAUCCUUCCCCUCAUCCCUCCCUCUACCUCUCUCCUCCAUCCUUCCCCUCAUCCCUCCCUCAGCCUCUCUCCUCCAUCCUUCCCCUCAUCCCUCCCUCAGCCUCUCUCCUCCAUCCUUCCCCAUCCCUCCUCAGCCUCUCCUCCACCUCCCAUCCCUCCCUACCUCCUUCCUCCUCCAUCCUCCCUCCUACCUUCUCUCCUCCAUCCUUCCCCUCAUCCCUCCCUCAGCCUCUCCAGAUGCAAGGCUGGUGGAGAAAAGGGAUAAACAGAAGUCUUUCCUCCUAAGAGGACAGAGGGACGGACGGGCGGGCGGGCGGGCGGGCAUGAGCAUUACUACUCCAUAGAAUCCAGUCAUUUUCAGAUAAGGCUACAGCACUGUCAGCCUAGCAGUCUGGCUGAUAUGGCUGGCUAUAGAGUCCUGGUGCCUUUAUUGUGCUCAUUGACACUGUUGUUUUGAUAGGAGGGCAGGAUAUUUUACUGGACCUGUGUUGGCUGGUAUUACUGCUCCUCGGAGUCCAGUCAUCUACCAGACAAGGCUACAGAAAUAGAAUGACUAAAAUUGACAAUUUAUUUUAAAGCGGCAAUCUGGGAUUCUGAAAACAAGGUCAGGUCAAUGGCUAUGUAUCAUCAAUUUAAAAGUCCAGAAAGGCAUGUACCAAUCCCAGAUUGCCCCCUUUUUUAAGUGUUCCAGUCAAUUUGCCGUAGUCUGAAUAUUUUCUUUCCCAUUCUAGUAAUUCAAUUUCUAUGGCUAAAGUACCACUGUGUGAGGAUGAGGCCGUCGUCUGUCUGGCUGAUAUGGCCGGCUAUGAUGAAAUCCUUGUGCCUUUAUUGUGGUCAUUGACACACUUCUCUACCCAGCUGUCUGUGAUCUACAUGGAUAGCUAAUUGGGAGUUUUAGCUAGCUUUACAGGGAUUUGUCUGCCAUUUUAAAUAAUUGGGCUGGCCACCAAACGUUUUUUCGGGUUGCCUAAAUCCAAACAGUGUAAACUUAAAUGACUAAAACCAGAUAUAAAGUAUAUAGAAAAGAUAAUGGAGCUACACUACCGGUCAAAAGUUUUAGAACACCUACUCAUUUAAGGGUUUUUCUUUAUUUGUACUAUUUUCUACAUUGUAGAAUAAUAGUGAAGACAUCAAAACUUUGAAAUAACACAUGGAAUCAUGUAGUAACCAAAAAAUGUUUUAACAAAUCAAAAUAUAUUUUAUAUUUGAGAUUCUUUAAAUAGCCACCCUUUGCCUUGAUGACAGCUUUGAACAUUCUUGGCAUUCUCUCAACCAGCUUCAUGAGGUAGUCGCCUGGAAUGCAUUUCAAUUAACAGGUGUGCCUUCUUAAAAGUUAAUUUGUGAAAUGUCUUUCCUUCUUAAUACGUUUUAGCCAAUCAGUUGUGUUUUGACAAGGUGUACAGAAGAUAGCCCUAUUUGGUAAAAGACAAAGUCCAUAUUAUGGCAAGAACAGUUCAAAUAAGUAAAGAGAAACGACAGUCCAUCAUUACUUUAAGACAUGAAGGUCAGUCAAUCCGGAAAAUGUCAAGAACUUUGAAAGUUUCUUCAAGUGCAGUUGCAAAAACCAUCAAGCGCUAUGAUGAAACUGGCUCUCAUGAGGACCGCCACAGGAAUUGAAGACUCAUAGUUUCCUCUGCUGCAGAGGAUAUUAGAGUUACCAGCCUCAGAAAUUGCAGCCCAAAUAAAUGCUUCACAGAGUUCAAGUAACAGACACAUCUCAACAUCAACUGUUCAGAGGAGACUGUGUGAAUCAGGCCUUCGUGGUCGAAUUGCUGCAAAGAAACACAUUGCGAGAUAUUUGGCGAAAUAGACAGACAUACCUAUAUUUCCCCUAUAGGAAACACUGGGACGACCUCAGAGUUCCAUGAGUAAUAUUUUGUUGUUGUUGACAUUUUAACUAUCAGCAAUUGGUUCAGCCUGGGCAGGUCUCAUUGCCAACAAUAGCAAAGCAGGCAUUCUGACGUAGAACAAUGGGCUGUGAAUAAAACAUUCGGAAGGCGACUUGGUGCCACGGUGCUCAAUAGAACUAAUAGGAGCUGGCAGGGUGAAAAAUGCCCUAAAAUAAGGCCUGUUUUUUCGUGAUUACUUCAAAACUACGGCAAGCAGCUGGGACAUAUGGUAAUAUUAUGAAACUGGGCUCCACGGUGGGUGCAAUUAACUAUUUUUUAUCCGAAAAAAAGCAUUAAAAAUGCAUUUCAUAUGUCCAGCCUAGUUACAGUAGCUAGCAACGUCAAUCUAAAAACAGCUUAAAUUAUUUAUUCAUAUUUAACAUUUUAUGGUAAAGAAAGUGUUCUCUUUCCAGUCUUUUCGGUCCUGUGAAACAGCAGGUAGUCACCAGGUUGUCACAGUCAAAAACACGGUCCUUGGAGAGCAAUUAUGAGGUAAUAAUUUCGCACGGACUGAGGGGGACCUUACGAGGUGAAAUAGAACUAGAACUGCCCGUGUCCUCCUUCCUUCGCUACGAGUUAAAAUAGAGCCAAGCAACCAGCAUAGCAACGGACGCUUUGGUUCAUUAAUAAAACUGUCCAAGUUAAACCAAUUGCUGAUAGCUAGCUAGCCAGCUACUGUAGCUGGCUAGCUGACUAGGCAGGCUGAGGUAUAUAAGUAACGUUACAGUAGUCCUCUGUAGCUCAAUUGUAGCUCAAUUGGUAGAGCAUGGCGCUUGUAACGCCAGGGUAGUGGGUUCGAUCCCCGGGACCACCCAUACGUAAAAAUGUAUGCGCACAUGACUGUAAGUCGCUUUGGAUAAAAGCGUCUGCUAAAUGGCAUAUUGUUGUUAUUAUUAUUAUUACGUAAUCCUGUCAGAAUGUUGCAAGUUCUAGCAACAGCCCUAAAAACAGAAGCUAGAACUCAUCGAAUCCCAUUGUGCCGCAGGGGGACACUAUUUGGCAUGACAGGGCCUCUAAACUGUUCUCUAAAAUUCAGCCGCCCCGAGGGUCAACUAUAUACAGGGUCAACUACAGUGCAUUCGGAAAGUAUUCAGACCCCUUGACCUUUUCCACAUUUUGUUAUGUUACAGCCGUAUUCUAAAAUUGAUUAAAUCGUUUUUUCCCCUCAUCAAUCUACACACAAUACCCCAUAAUGACAAAGCAAAAAUAGGUUUUUAGAAUUUUUUGCAAAUGUAUUAAAAUAAAAAACGGAAAUAGACAUUUACAUAAGUAUUCAGACCCUUUACUCAGUAUUUUGUUGAAGCACGUUUGGCAGCGAUUACAGCCUCAAGUCUUUUUGGGAAUGACGCUACAAGCUUGGCACACCUGUAUUUGGGGAGUUUCUCCCAUUCUUCUCUGCAGGUCCUCUCAACCUCUGUCAGGUUGGAUGGGGAGCUUGGCUGCACAGCUAUUUUCAGGUUCGAUCGGGUUCAAGUCCGGGCUCUGACUAGGCCACUCAAGGACAUUCAGAGACUUGUCCCGAAGCCACUCCUGCGUUGUUUAGGGUAGUUGUCCUGUUGGAAGGUGAACCUUCGCCCCCAGUUUGAGGUACUGAGCACUCUGGAGCAGGUUUUCAUCAAGGAUCUCUCUGUACUUUGCUCUGUUCAUCUUUCCCUCGAUCCUGAAUAGUCUCCCAGUCCCUGCUGCUGAAAAACAUCCCCACAGCCUGAUGCUGCCACCACCAUGCGUCACCGUAGGGAUGGUGCCAGGUUUCCUCCAGACAUGAGGCUUGGCAUUCAGUCCAAAUAGUUCAAUCUUGGUUUCAUCAGACCAGAGAAUCUUGUUUCUCAUGGUCUGAGAGUCCUUUAGGUGCCUUUUGGCAAACUCAGAGCGGGCUGUCAUGUGCCUUUUACUGAGGAGUGGCUUCCGCCUGGCCACUACCAUAAAGGCCUGAUUGGUGGAGUGCUGCAGAGAUGGUUGUCCUUCUGGAAGUUUCUCCCAUCUCCACAGAGGAACUCUGGAGCUCAGUCAGCGUGACCAUCGGGUUCUGGGUCACCUCCCUGACCAAGGCCCUUCUCCCCCGAUUGUUCAGUUUGGCCCGGAGGCCAGCUCCAGGAAGAGUCUUGGUGGUUCCAAACUUCUUCCAUUUAAGAAUGAUGGAGGCCUCUGUGUUCUUGGGGACCUUCAAUGCUGCAGAAAUGUUUUGGUACCCUUCCCCAGAUCUGUGCCUCGACACAAUCCUGUCUCAGAGCUCUACGGACAAUUCCUUCGACCUCAUGGCUUGGUUUUUUGCUCUGACAUGCACUGUUAACUGUGGGACCUUAUAUAGACAAGUGUGUUCCUUUCCAAAUCAUGUCCAAUCAAUUGAAUUUACCACGGGUGGACUCCAAUCAAGUUGUAGAAACAUCUCAAUGGAAACAGGAUGCACCUGAGCUCAAUUUCGAGUCUCAUAGCAUAAGGUCUGAAUACUUAUGUAAAUAAGGUAUUUCUGUUUAUUACUUUUAAUACAUUUGCAAAAAUUUCUUAAAACUUGUUUUCACUUUGUCAUUAUGGGGUAUUGUGUGUAGACUGAUGAGGAAAAUUUAUGUAAUCCAUUUUAGAGUAAGGCUGUAAUGUAAUAAAAUGUGGAAAAGGGGAAGUGGUCUGAAUACUAUCCGAAUGCACUGUAUAUACACGGUCAGCUAUAUACAGGGUCAGCUAUAUACAGGGACAGUGCCAGUACCAACUUUACAAUGCGCAGGGAUACUGGAGUAGUUGAGGUAGAUGUGUACAUGUAGGCAGGGAUUAGGAGAAAGUGACUGGUAGCAGGAGAGACUGUAAUGAUGUUCUUACUGUCUGUAGAUAGGCUACCAGCAGGCUAAGGACCUGUACCUAGCUACUAGCUUCCUGUUUCCUCUAUGCUCAUAUCUCAACUCAGGGGAGUUUCCUGUGAUGUUAAAAUAUGUACUUUCAUAUUUGCUCAGUAACUCCUUAAGUGGAGAUGUCAAUGAAGAGACACAGUUGAUUAUUGUUUCCUGUUUGUUCUCAUUUGACCCAGAGUCAUCAGUCAGUUUAUUAGGUACACCCAUUUAGUACCCGGUCGGACCCUCCUUUUCUUCCAGAACAGCAUGAAUUCUUCAAGGCAUGGAAACGUUGCUCAAUUGGUAUCAGGGGACUUAACGUGUGCCAGGAAAACACUCCCCACACCAAUACACCACCGCUACCAGCCUGUACCGUUGACACCAGGCAGGACUGGGCCAUGGACUCAUGCUGCUUACGCCAAAUCCUGACUCUGCCAUUAGCAUGACGCAACAGGAACCGGUAUUCGUCAGACCAGGCAAUGUUUUUCCACUCCUCAAUUGUCCAGUGUUGGUGAUCACGUGCCCACUGGAGCUGCUUCAUCUUGUGUUUAGCUGAUAGGAGUAAAACCCGGUGUGGUCGUCUGGUGCAAUAGCCCAUGCGUGACAAGGACCGACGAGUAAUGCGUUCCGAGAUGCUGUUCUGCACACCACUGUUUUACUGCGCUGUUAUUUGCCUGUUUGUGGACCGCCUGUUAGCUUGCACCAUUCUCGCCGUUCUCCUUCGACCACUCAUCAUCGAGCUGUUUUCGCCCACAGGACUGCCGCUGACUGUGUGUUUUUUUUGUAUGUCGCACCAUUCUGGGUAAAUCCUAGACACUGUUGUGUGUGAAAAGCACAGGAUACUGGAACUGGCAUACCUGGCACCAAUGAUCAUACCACGCUCAAAGUCGCUUAGGUCACAGAUUUUGCCCAUUUUAACGUUCAAUCAAACAGUAACUGAAUGCCCAUCUUCCUGCUUUAUAUAGCAAGCCACGGUCACGUAACUCACUGUCUGUAGGAGCGAAUCAUUUUCAUUAACGGGGUACCUAAUAAACUGGCCACUAAGUGUAUAAAGAUGUAUCACUAUGAUUUGACCCACUUGUACCAGCUUUUAGGCUCCAACUGGAUGCUAGCCAGCUGUCCAUGUUUCAGAUACUUAUUGAAUUGAAUAUUAAGUGCUCCUCUUGGGUUUGCAAAUGAAUUGACUCUGGCAAGUACUAUUUACUUACUACUAGUAAUUUACUAAAUGUGAACUGCAGCACAGUCUGGUUAACAAAUGAUGGUAUUUUCUUCUGGGUCUUAAUACUGAUGACAGCUCUAUAAAAGAUGGGCCCAUAUCCUGGAUUCAUACUACUGCUGUGUCUUUCUAUGAGAGAUGCCUGUUCUCACAUUCACCCUCUCUGUCUCGCUCUGUCUCGCUCUGUCUCGCUCUGUCUCGCUCUGUCUCUCUAUGUCUCUCUCUGUCUUUGUCGGUCUCUGUCUCUCUGUCUUUCUCUCUGUCUCUCUGUCUCUCUCUCUCCUCCUCUCCUACAGGCCAGGAACUCCUACUCCAACGAGGUGGUGGCCAUCAAGAAGAUGUCCUACAAUGGCAAACAGACCACCGAGGUGAGAGGACAGCUCCAACACACACUAAAGUCACUCACUGACCACUAUACUGGCCAAACCAACCAGCUCACACUCAAGUCACUCACUGACCGCUAUACUGGCCAAACCAACCAGCUCACACUAAAGUCACUCACUGACCGCUAUACUGGCCAAACCAACCAGCUCACUCUGAAGUCACUCACUGACCACUAUACUGGCCAAACCAACCAGCUCACUCUGAAGUCACUCACUGACCGCUAUACUGGCCAAACCAACCAGCUCACACUAAAGUCACUCACUGACCGCUAUACUGGCCAAACCAACCAGCUCACUCUGAAGUCACUCACUGACCACUAUACUGGCCAAACCAACCAACUCACUCUGAAGUCACUCACUGACCGCUAUACUGGCCAAACCAACAAACUCACUCUGAAGUCACUGUGUGUCCACUAUAACGGUCACACCUGAGGUUAAAGAUUUCCUGGCCAGCACUAACUCACUCUGAAGUCACUCUGACCACAGAUGGUCACAUCUCAUGUACUCACUUUGAACUCAAACUAGAAUGGUCAUACCUCAGGCCUUGAAAUGGCACUAACUUACUUUGAACUCAUUCCCACUCUGUCUGCUUUCAGUCACACCUCAGACCUUGAAACAGAGGUCAAACAAGUUGAGAGGACAACUAAUGCUAACACUUUGAACUCUAACUCUGCCCUCUACGGCCAAUAGGACGGUCACACCUCAGGACGAAUCAGAGGUUCAACGUUCCAUGGACAGCAUUCACUCAGUCUGAGGUCCCUCCCUAUGGACAUUAUGAUGGUCACAACUCACUAUCUUUGAACUCACAACAUGGCCACUCGAGCAGUCACAUCUCAGGCCUUGUAACAGAGGUUCAACGUUCCCUGUGAUCCACAAGGCCUUGUGUUGAGGUUUAUGUUGGGGUCAAGGGUUAGGUUCAAACUCCUCUCUUGUGUAAAUGUAACUGACCUAUCCAUAAACCCACUCUCUCUCUCUCCUUCUCCUUUGCUCUCUCUCUUUCUCUCCUUCCUUCUCUCCUCAGAAAUGGCAGGACAUCAUCAAGGAGGUCAAGUUUUUGGAACAGCUGCGCCACCCAAACACCAUUGAGUAUAAAGGCUGCUACUUAAAGGAUAACACUGCCUGGGUCAGUGGACUGUGGCAGAGCUGUAUCAAUGUCUUGCUCUCUGUCUCUCUCUCUCAUUGUCUCUCUCUCUCUCAUUGUCUCUCUCUCUCUCAUUGUAUCUCUCUCUCUCUCUCUCUCUGUCUCUCUCAUUGUCUCUGUGCACUUUCUCACUUUUUGUUAUAAACUUCUGACCUCUGACCUUUCUAUCUGUCUCUUCCAGCUGGUGAUGGAGUACUGCCUAGGCUCCGCAUCAGAUUUACUAGAGGGUGAGUAGCACACACACACAGUUCAUCCAAACACAACGAAAAUAGCUGGAUGCUUUCGGAGCAUGUGCUCUAUGAAUCUAUCCGUAAUUCAACAUUCAUGGUUAGCGAUGAGCCUUUUCUCUAAACUCUCCAUGUAAUAUUCCAGUAUGAAUGUUCCUGUUCACCAUCUCCCAACAUUCCUCACCUUGGCCUGACUCAUGCAUAUAUAUAUAUAUAGCACUUGUGUUUGUGGCCCAUCCUGGCUGUCAUGGAUACCGUUUUAAACAGCCAUGAUGGUGUGUGUGAAGUGCUUCUGAAAUUUCUCCACUGUAGUUCCGCUUUGCCCUUUGACUCCUUGGCAAGGCUUCGUUCUGCUUAGCCUGGUCCCAGAUCUGUUUGCACUGUCUUACCACCUCUCUAUAGUCAUUGAGUUAGCAAGACGGCACAAACAGAUCUGGGACCAGGCUAUAGUUCUGCCAGAGCUAUGAGGAAUGUGUUUUAUAACCCUUGUCUCCCAACCCUUUACCCAAUAACCAGAUGCUGUUGGUUGUUGUCGUGUGUCAUAUCAGGAAGGGCAGAUUGCUGCUACAUACGUACACACUGUACCUCAUAUCUCUAGAUAGCAAUGACGAUUUUCCCCUUUGGUUUAUUUUUCUAUCCUCUUCUCUCUUCUAGUUCAUAAGAAACCGCUCCAAGAGGUUGAAAUUGCUGCCAUAACCCACGGUGCCUUGCUAGGACUGGCUUACCUACAUUCCCGUAAUAUGAUUCACAGGUGAGUGGUCGGUCGGGUCUACCUGUCUGUGUCCUCGUUAAAAGGUUCCUCGACAACGGAUUUAAAACCAGUUUGAACUGAUGCUGAGACGAUAAGUGGUGUCUCUGUUUCCACUGUUAGGUAAUAAUGACGUCAUCAGAGAUAACUGUCUCAGAGCCGUUAUAUCUGACAAUCCUUAUCUCAGUUCAACGUGCAUUCCAACAAGCCCUCUUGAAUGUCACUUACCGGAAAAUGUUAUUACGUGCAGAUGCCCGUAUAAUUUUACUAUGGUCCCAUAAAGACACAAAUUACUCUUUUUAUUACAUACAAAUAUGAUAGGCAUCCAUUAAUAUAGCAAUUCCCAAGCCCUAAAUUCUCUGACAAUCAUAGUUUCACUACAGGUUAUCAUGUCGCUGCUACGCUGAUUAAAAUGUAGGCCUGUGUUCAAAGUUGAGAAAAAAUAGAAAUAAUAAAAAUGAUCCCAGACAGAAUUUCAUAAAUAAAUUGUAAGGUUUUAUGCCUCCAAAAGUAGACUUAAAAAAUAUCCUCUCUGUUUUCUGCGCACAAGGAAAUGCCUUUAUUAAUACGCUUGGGUUGAGUUAUUCACAAUGUUUCAACCACAUCAGUCUUCUUCAACCUGACAGUGAGCCAAGUUUUCGCUUUCUUCCCGGAGUUCAGCUCCUGUCAUGUGCUUUUUGGAUAUAUCAUAGAUGAAGAAAUAACAAAGAAGGAGAAGUAUACUACAAACAUAUGGUAGCGCUUUACUCUGGGCGUCUUUAUUUGUGCAUUCAGAAAGCCUUCUUAAUACGUCCUAUCAAUAUCCCACCACCCUGACCAUGCUGUUUGUGUUGUCCUUUCUCUCUCUCUCUCUCUCUCUCUCUCUCUCUCUCUCUCUCUCUCUCUCCUCUCUCUCUCUCUCUCUCUCUCUCUCUCUCUCUCUCUCUCUCUAUCUCUCUCUCUCUCUACUCUCUCUCUCUCUCUCUCUCUCUCUCUCUCUCUCUCUAUCUCUCUCUCUCUCUCUCUCUCUCUCUCCAAUUCAAUUCAAUUUAAGGGCUUUAUUGGCAUGGGAAACGUGUGUUAACAUUGCCAAAGCAAGUGAAGUAGAUAGUAAACAAAAGUGAAAUAAACAAUAAAUAUUAACAGUAAACAUUACACUCAGAAGUUUCAAAAGAAUAAAGACAUUUCAAAUGUCAUAUUAUGUAUAUAUACAGUGUUGUAACAAUGUGCAAAUAGUUAAAGUACAAAUGGGAAAAUAAGUAAACAUAAAUAUGGGUUGUACUUACAAUGGUGUUUGUUCUUCACUGGUUGCCCUUUUCUUGUGGCAACAGGUCACAAAUCUUGCAGCUGUGAUGGCACACUGUGGUUUUUCACCCAGUAGAUAAGGGAGUUUAUCAAAAUUGGGUUUGUUUUCGAAUUCUUUGUGGAUCGCUGUAAUCUGAGGGAAAUAUGUGUCUCUAAUAUGGUCAUACAUUUGGCAGGAGGUUAGGAAGUGCAGCUCAGUUUCCACCUCAUUUUGUGGGCAGUGUGCACAUAGCCUGUCUUCUCUUGAGAGCCAGGUCUGCCUACGGCGGCCUUUCUCAAUAGCAAGGCUAUGCUCACUGAGUCUGUACAUAGUCAAAGCUUUCCUUAAGUUUGGGUCAGUCACAGUGGUCAGGUAUUCUGCCACUGUGUACUCUCUGUUUAGGGCCAAAUAGCAUUCUAGUUUGCUCUGUUUUUUUGUUUGUUCUUUCCAAUGUGUCAAGUAAUUAUCUUUUUGUUUUCUCAUGAUUUGGUUGGGUCUAGUUGUGUUGUUGUUGUUGUUAUCCUGGGGCUGUGUGGGGUCUGUUUGUGUUUGUGAACAGAGCCCCAGGACAAGCUUACUUAGGGGACUCUUCUCCAAGUUCAUCUCUCUGUAGGUGAUGGCUUUGUUAUGGAAGGUUUGGGAAUCGCUUCCUUUUAAGUGGUUAUAGAAUUUAACGGCUCUUUUCUGGAUUUUGAUAAUUAGCGGGUAUUGGCCUAAUUCUGCUCUGCAUGCAUUAUUUGGUGUUUUACGUUGUACACGGAGGAUGUUUUUGCAGAAUUCUGCAUGCAGAGUCUCAAUUUGGUGUUUGUCCCAUUUUGUGAAUUCUUGGUUGGUGAGCGGACCCCAGACCUCAGAACCAUAAAGGGCAAUGGGUUCUAUAACUGAUUCAAGUAUUUUUAGCCAGAUCCUAAUUGGUAUGUCAAAUUUUAUGUUCCUUUUGAUGGCAUAGAAGGCCCUUCUUGCCUUGUCUCUCAGAUCGUUCACAGCUUUGUGGAAGUUACCUGUGGCGCUGAUGUUUAGGCCGAGGUAUGUAUAGUUUUUUGUGUGCUCUAGGGUAACGGUGUCUAGAUGGAAUUUGUAUUUGUGGUCCUGGCAACUGGACCUUUUUUGGAACACCAUUAUUUUUGUCUUACUGAGAUUUACUGUCAGGGCCCAGGUCUGACAGAAUCUGUGCAGAAGAUCUAGGUGCUGCUGUAGGCCCUCCUUGGUUGGUGACAGAAGCACCAGAUCAUCAGCAAACAGAAGACAUUUGACUUCAGAUUCUAGUAGGGUGAGGCCGGGUGCUGCAGACUGUUCUAGUGCCCUCGCCAAUUCGUUGAUAUAUAUGUUGAAGAGGGUGGGGCUUAAACUGCAUCCCUGUCUCACCCCACGGCCCUGUGGAAAGAAAUGUGUGUGUUUUUUGCCAAUUUUAACCGCACACUUGUUGUUUGUGUACAUGGAUUUUAUAAUGUCGUAUGUUUUUCCCCCAACCACACUUUCCAUCAAUUUGUAUAGCAGACCCUCAUGCCAAAUUGAGUCAAAAGCUUUUUUGAAAUCAACAAAGCAUGAGAAGACUUUGCCUUUGUUUUGGUUUGUUUGUUUGUCAAUUAGGGUGUGCAGGGUGAAUACGUGGUCUGUCGUACGGUAAUUUGGUAAGAAGCCAAUUUGACAUUUGCUCAGUACAUUGUUUUCACUGAGGAAAUGAACUAGUCUGCUGUUAAUGAUAAUGCAGAGGAUUUUCCCAAGGUUGCUGUUGACGCAUAUCCCACGGUAGUUAUUGGGGUCAAAUUUGUCUCCACUUUUGUGGAUUGGGGUGAUCAGUCCUUGGUUCCAAAUAUUGGGGAAGAUGCCAGAGCUAAGGAUGAUGUUAAAGAGUUUAAGUAUAGCUAAUUGAAAUUUGUGGUCUGUAUAUUUUAUCAUUUCAUUGAGGAUACCAUCAACACCACAGGACUUUUUGGGUUGGAGGGUUUGUAUUUUGUCCUGUAGUUCAUUCAAUGUAAUUGGAGAAUCCAGUGGGUUCUGGUAGUCUUUAAUAGUUGAUUCUAAGAUUUGCAUUUGAUCAUGUAUAUUUCUUUGCUGUUUGUUCUCUGUUAUAGGGCCAAAAAGAUUGGAGAAGUGGUUUACCCAUACAUCUCCGUUUUGGAUAGAUAGCUCUUCGUGUUGUUGUUGUGUUUUCCAAUUUUCCCAGAAGUGGUUAGUCUAUGGAUUCUUCAAUUACAUUGAGCUGAUUUCUGACAUGCUGUUCCUUCUUUUUCCGAAGUGUAUUUCUGUAUUGUUUUAGUGAUUCAUCAUAGUGAAGGCGUAGGCUCAGGUUUUCUGGGUCUCUCUAUGUUUUUGGUUGGAUAGGUUUCUCAAUUUCUUUCUUAGGUUUUUGCAUUCUUCAUCAAACCAUUUAUCACUGUUGUUACUUUUCUUUGGUUUUCUGUUAGAGAUUUUUAGAUUUGAUAGGGAAGCUGAGAGGUCAAAUAUACUGUUUAGGUUUUCUACUGCCAAGUUUACACCUUCACUAUUACAGUGGAACGUUUUGUCCAGGAAGUUGUCUAGAAUGGAUUGAAUUUGUUGUUGCCUAAUUGUUUUUUGGUAGGUCAACAGUACUUUCCUUCCAUCUAUAGCAUUUCUUAAUAUUAUUCAGUUCCUUUGGCUUUGAUGCCUCAUGAUUGAGUAUUGCUCUGUUCAAGUAGACUGUGAUUUUGCUGUGGUCUGAUAGGGGUGUCAGUGGGCUGACUGUGAACGCUCUGAGAGACUCUGGGUUGAGGUCAGUGAUAAAGUAGUCUACAGGACUACUGCCAAGAGAUGAGCUAUAGGUGUACCUACCAUAGGAGUCCCCUCGAAGCCUACCAUUGACUAUGUACAUACCCAGUGUGCGACAGAGCUGCAGGAGUCGUGACCCGUUUUUGUUGGUUAUGUUGUCGUAGUUGUGCCUAGGGGGGCAUAUGGGGGAGGGAAUGCUGUCACCUCCAGGUAGGUGUUUGUCCCCCUGUGUGCUGAGGGUGUCAGGUUCUUGUCCAGUUCUGGCAUUUAGGUCGCCACAGACUAGUACAUGUCCCUGGGUCUGGAAAUGAUUGAUUUCCCCCUCCAGGAUGGAGAAGCUGUCUUCAUUAAAGUAUGGGGAUUCUCUCUCUCUCUCUCUCGCCCCCCCCCCAGAGAUGUAAAAGCUGGAAACAUCCUGCUAACGGAGCCAGGCCAGGUCAAAUUGGCAGACUUCGGCUCUGCCUCUACAGCCUCUCCUGCCAACUCCUUCGUAGGAACUCCUUACUGGUCAGUACCACCACACUAUCUCCUUACUGGUCAGUACCACCACCACACUAAUACCUUACUGGUCAGUACCACCACACUAACACCUUACUGGUCAGUACCACCACCACACUAAGUCCUUACUGGUCAGUACCACCACCACACUAAGUCCUUACUGGUCAGUACCACCACCACACUAACUCCUUACUGGUCAGUACCACCACCACACUAACUCCUUACUGGUCAGUACCACCACACUAACACCUUACUGGUCAGUACCACCACACUAACUCCUUACUGGUCAGUACCACCACCACACUAACUCCUUACUGGUCAUACCCCGUAGUACCACCACACUAACCCCUUACUGGUCAGUACCACCACACUAACUCUUACUGGUCAGUACCCACCACCACUAACUCCUUACUGGUCAGUACCACCACACUAACUCCUUACUGGUCAGUACCACCACACUAACUCCUUACUGGUCAGUACCACCACACUAACUCCUUACUGGUCAGUACCACCACACUAACUCCUUACUGGUCAGUACCACCACCACUAACUCCUUACUGGUCAGUACCACCACACUAACAUCCUUACUGGUCAGUACCACCCACACUAACACCCUUACUGGUCAGUAACCACCACACUAACUCCUUACUGGUCAGUAACCAACCACACUAACUCCUUACUGGUUCAGUACCACCACCAACAACUCCUUACUGGUCAGUACCACCACACUAACUCCUUACUGGUCAGUACCACCACACUAAACUCCUUACUGGUCAGUACCACCCACCACUAACUCCUUACUGGUCAGUACCAAACCCCACAACUCCUUAUGGUCGUACCACCAACACUACACCUUAUGGGGCAGUUUCCACCACCACUAACUCCUUACGGUCAGUUACCCAACCCCCCACACUAACUCCUUACUGGUCAGUACCACCACCACCCCACUAACUCCUUACUGGUCAGUACCCAAACCCCACCACUAACUCCUUACUGGUCAGUACCACCACCACACUAAUUUUCCCUAGGGCAGUACCACCCACACUAACUCCUUACUGGUCAGUACCACCACACCACUAACUCCUUACUGGUCAGUACCACCACCACACUAACUCCGUACUGGUCAGUACCACCACCACACUAACUCCAUACUGGUCAGUACCACCACACUAACUCCUUACUGGUCAGUACCACCACACUAACUCCUUACUGGUCAGUACCACCACCACACUAACUCCUUACUGGUCAGUACCACCACCACACUAACGCCAUACUGGUCAGUACCACCACCACUCUAACUCCUUACUGGUCAGUACCACCACUCUAACUCCUUACUGGUCAGUACCACCACUCUAACUCCUUACUGGUCAGUACCACCACACUAACUCCUUACUGGUCAGUACCACCACACCACUAACUCCUUACUGGUCAGUACCACCACCACACCAACACCUUACUGGUCAGUACCACCACCACCACACCAACACCAUACUGGUCAGUACCACCACCACACCAACACCUUACUGGUCAGUACCUAACACUACAACAGGGCUUUUCCACUCCAGUCCUGGGGCCUCCCCAGAAUGCACAUUCUUGCUCCAGCCCACCGCUAUCACACCUGAUUCAACUACUCAAGGCCUUGACGAUUAGUUGAUUCAUUGAAUUACAUAUUCAGCUGGAACACAAUGUGGAAUGUGGAAUGUUGGAAGCCCCAGGACCAGAUAGCUAUAUGUAAUAAUUGACAAUGAUUUCUUAUGUUAUAAAAGCCGCUGGUCAUUCACAUAGAAACCCUCACAGUAACGCUGGAGACAAACAAACAAACAAAACAUGAGAAUUCGGAGAACUCUCAUAAGAAAAGUGUUGAUUCUCCUGAUAUUCCACUCAUGAUCCUCAAAGCCCGCUGUGUGCUACUUGUCUCCAGCAGAACAUUACUCAGACCUGAUUUGCUAGCUAGGCUAUCACUGCAUACCAAAGGGUCUUUAAGAUCUCCGGGCUCAACAGCUUAUGAAUUGCCAUGAAUUUAACAGUGCUGGUUAAUUAACUUACGUGUGUGUGUGCCUCCGUGUGUGUGUGUGUGUGUGUGUGUGUGUGUUUAUCCGUGUGUGUGCAUCCGUGUGUGUGUACCAGGAUGGCCCCGGAAGUGAUCCUAGCCAUGGAUGAGGGUCAGUACGAAGGGAAGAUAGACAUCUGGUCCCUGGGAAUCACCUGCAUAGAACUGGGUGAGUUACGAUUAUUUCUGUUUUACUGGGAAUCACCUGCAUAGAACUGGGUGAGUUACGAUUAUUUCUGUUUUACUGGGAAUCACCUGCAUAGAACUGGGUGAGUUACGAUUAUUUCUUUUUACUGGGGAAACACCUGCAUAGAACGGGAGUUACGAUUAUUUCUGUUUUACUGGGAAUCACCUGCAUAGAACUGGGGUGAGUUACGAUUAUUCUGUUUUACUGGGAAUCACCUGCAUAGAACUGGGUUUAGUUACGAUUAUUUCUGUUUUAAAUGGGAAUCAAAAUGCAUAGAACGGUGAGUUACGAUUAUUUCUGUUUUACUGGGAUCACCUGCAAUAGAAAAUGGGUGGAGUUACGAUUUUUUUUAUUGUUUACUGGGAAUCACCUGCAUAGAACUGGGUGAUUUACGAUUAUUUUCGUUUAACUGGGAAUCACCUGCAUAGAACGGGUGAGUUACGUUAUUUCCCUUUUUACCUGGGAAUCACCUGCAUAGAACGGGUGAGUUACGAUUAUUUCAGUUUUACUGGGAAUCACCUGCAUAGAACUGGGUGAGUUACGAUUAUUUCUGUUUUACUGGGAAUCACCUGCAUAGAACUGGGUGAGUUACGAUUAUUUCAGUUUUACUGGGAAUCACCUGCAUAGAACUGGGUUACUUUAUUAAUUACUUGUACAUGUGAGUCAUUUAGCGGACGCUCUGAGUCAGUGCAUUGGUAGGUAGUUACUCCUCUUCACUCCCUGUAGAGCAUAAAGCCUGCAACUAACCCACUCAGCUUCUAGCACAGACUCUAUUAUGGACAUCUCAGGAGGCAUCAUUGUUAUCAGUAUACUGUUUUGGCCUGCCUCAGAAUGUCAAACAGACAUAGCUAGACCAUCUGGCGAGAGCAGUGACACUCCUGGUUGACAGUUGAUUCACAUUGUUGCUCAGUCCUGUUUGUCAUGUGAUUACUGUGGCCCUUUUAUCUAUUUCAGACACUGCAUGUAAACAUUCACUCACACUUCUAUACAAACAGACAGAUAAUGAGAAUCACUAGGUCAAUAGUAUCUCUUAUCUUUCCUCCUGGUCAACCAGAUAUGAACUCCCUCCUAACUCUCUUUUCUCUCUAUCCCUCUCUCUCCCCCCUCCCCCCUCCCUCUCUCCCCUCCCCCCUCCCUCUCUCUCUCCCCCUCCCCCCUCCCUCUCUCUCUCUCCCUCCCCCCUCCCUCUCUCUAUCCCUCCCCCCUCCCUCUCUCUCUCCCCCCCCUCCCUCUCUCUCUCCCCUCACAUAGCGGAGCGGAUAGCCUCCCCUGUUCAACCAUGAAACGCUAUGAGUUGCCUAUAUCCAAAUUGCCCAGAACGACUCUCCCACGCUGCAGUCCAACGAGUGGUAAGUCCUCACCGUCCCUCCACUGAGCUGUGUGACCACACACACACACACACACACACACACACACACACACACACACACACAACCUCUCUGUGACGAGGUGUGAAUGAAGGAGUCAGGCGCAGGAGGUAAAACACCGAAGUCCAGAGUUUAUUCCGUUUACAUAAAUAAAACGCACCAAGCUUCAAAACGAAACUAUCACAAGGGAAAUAUUCCACCUUGGCAAUAACAAAUGGAAGAGUAGCUCAACCGAGCUACACGCUCUCACAAUGAAACAAUCACUCACAAAGACAAGGGGAACAGAGGGAACACUUAUACACAUACUAAUUAGGGGAAUGAGCACCAGGUGUGUGUGAUUGACAAGACAAGACAUGACAAGUGGAGUGAUGAGAAUGGGAUCGGCAGUAGCUAGUAAGCCGGUGACGACGAACGCCGAAACCUGCCCGAACAAGGAGGGGAGGCAGCCUCGGCGGAAGUCGUGACACUCUCGCAGCCCUGGAAUUCCCAGUCAAAGUACAUACACUACAUGACCAAAAGUAUGUGGAUACCUGCUUGUCGAACAUCCCAUUCCAAAAUCAUGGGCAUUAAUAUGGAGUUGGUCCCCCCUUUGCUGCUAUAACAGCCUCCACUCUUAUGGGAAGGCUUUCCACUAGCUGUUGGAACAUUGCUGAGGGGACUUGCUCCCUUUCAGUCACAAGUGCAUUAGUGAGGUCAGGCACUGAUGUUGGGCGAUUAGGCCUGGUUCACAGUCGGCGUUCCAAUUCAUCCCAAAGGUGUUUGAUGGGGUUGAGGUCAGGGCUCUGUGCAGGCCUGUCAAGUUCUUCCACACCAAUCUCGACAAACCAUUUCUGUAUGGACCUCUCUUUGUGAACGGGGGCAUUGUCAUGCUGAAACAUGAAAGGGCCUUCCCCAAACUGUUGCCACAAAGUUGGAAGCACAGAAUCAUCUAGAAUGUCAUUGUAUGCUGCAGCGUUAAGAUUUCCCUUCACUGGAACUAAGGGGCCCGAAACAUGAAAAACAGCCCCAGACCAUUAUUCCUCCUCCACCCAACUUUACAGUUGGCACUAUGCAUUGGGGCAUGUAGCGUUCUCCUGGCAUCCGCCAAACCCAGAUUAGUCCGUCGGACUGCCAGAUGGUGAAGCGUGAUUCAUCACUCCAGAGAACACGUUUCCACUGCUCCAGAGUCCAAUGGCGGCGAGCUUUACACCACUCCAGCCGACACUUGGCAUUGCGUGUGGUGAUCUAUGAUCUUAGGCUUGUGUGCGGCUGCUUGGCCAUGGAAACCCAUUUUAUGAAGCUCCCGACUAACAAUUAUUGUGCUGAUGUUGCUUCCAGAGACAGUUUGGAACUCAGUAGUGAGUGUUGCAACCGAGGACAGCAGAUUUUUUUUAUGCGCUACGCACUUCAGCACUCAGUGGUCCCGUUCUGUGAGCUUGUGUGGCCUACCACUUUGCGGCUGAGCCGUUGUUGCUCCUAGACGUUUCCACUUCACAAUAACAGCACUUACAGUUGACCGGGGCAGCUCUAGCAAAGCAGAAAUGUGACAAACUGACUUGUUGGAAAGGUGGCAUCCUAUGACGGUGCCACGUUGAAAGUCACUGAGCUCUUCAGUAAGGCCAUUCUACUGCCAAUGUUUGUCUAUGGAGAUUGCAUGGCUGUGUGCUUGAUUUAAAAAAACAGGUGUGGCUGAAAUAGCCGAAUCCACUAAUAUGACGGGGUGUCCACAUACUUUUGUUUAUGUAAGUGUAUGUUAUGUAAUUACCUGAGGGGCCGAGCUGUGGCCUAUUUAAAGAAUCAGGCUCACGUACACAGGCUUCUACUGUAAUCUACUAUUCACUAUACCACUCCGCAGGACGGAGAGAGACAGACAGACAGGCAGCAAUCACACUACCCCCCCCUAUGUUGCUGUUGAUGGUGUGAUGACUGCCAUAGGAGGAAGAUCCAGUCAAACAUUACUCUACGUGUCAACAUUUACAAUAGCAUGACCCACCCACUAUACAGUAGUAUCUCACCAUAAAGGUGGAAGUUUGUACUCUACUUGACCCAAAUACAGAAAUAGGACUUAUAUGGCUCUAAGGAUACAUUCCUUUCAACAAAUACAGUUGCUUACACUACAGCUAAAACAAGUGGCAGCGUGCGUCACUCUUUACAAGGUGAUUUUCCUGAAGGUGUAAGUGUUCAUUACUAAACAGUGCUACUCAUUGUUCUCCAGUGUAAGAGAGUCGAUUGUGGGAGUUAUGAAACCCAAAGCAAGCAGAUUCACAAGUAGCGCACUCUCCAAGAAAUUAGUGUUUGAUGUUCUAUUCAUAAUGCAAAGAUUAUGCACACUUUGACAAAUUAACAUUAAAAGAAAGCCCUAUCCUUGUACUAAAGAGUGUGUGAAGCAGAGUUAUGAUCCUACCGUAGAGGUACAUUAUAAUAGUGUUGCAUUUAAUUCUGUGGGUGCCUUCCUAGCCAGUGUGUUGUUGGAGGUGUUCCAAACAGGCCUCUGGCAUAAACAUAGUCUCUCAAAGCUGAAACUAGCGGAGACAUCACCAUGCAUCGUUAGCCUUAAAGAAGACAGGUGACAUGUUGACAAGCAAUACAGGUGCUCUUAACCCUGACUCUGUGUAUACUGCUGAAUGUAUGACACUUUGACAGAUGAAGGUUGAAAGUGACAGCUAUUGUCUUUAUGCCCGUUUCUCCCAGAGCUAAGACUAGUACAACGUUUAGGAAACUAUGUAGACUGUAUGAUGUACCCAUGCAAAGAGUUUGAAGAUGGACUUUCAAUAACACUGACAAACACAGUGAAUAGCUAUAGAAGCACGGCUUGGCCCUUACUCUGGUUUGAAAGGUGGGAAAGAUGUUGACUACUAUUGCCUUUUGUGCCUGGCGUAAUCAUUGUUGUGUUCUGUUUUCUUCCGUCCCUCCGCUCCACCUCUCCACUCCUCUAUCUUUCUACAAGGUCGGACCCCUUCCGGAGCUUUGUUGACUGCUGCCUCCUCAAAAUUCCUCAGGACAGACCCUCGUCUGGGGAGCUGCUGCGAGUGAGUGCACUUCCUGUUAUCUCUGACAGAGGCUGUCACCUCACUUCCUGUGUCAGUCUCUUAAAGACCAUCUGGUCGUGUGCGUCCUAAAUGGUACCCUAUUCCCUACAUAGUGCACUACUUUUGACCAGAGCCCUAUAGAUAGUAGUGCACUACGUAGGGAAUAGGGUGCCAUUUGGGACACAACCGAUGACUCACUGCCUCCCACAGCUCUAGAGAAAAUAUGAAUAAAAGAUUCCACAGCGGUUAUUCCACACACACAAACACACACUGGUUCGACAGGGGUUAGGGUUUUGUUGUUCAGUGUUUUUGAACGUUUAUUUAUUUAUUUAUUUAUUUAUUUAUUUAUUUAUUUUGCUGUGCUACACCUCGUGUUAGAGGUUGAUAAGGCGUCAUGUGUAAGCUUGCCUGUAUGUGGACUCACUCUAAACAUUCUGACCAAAUCCCCUUGACACCCAAUGAAAGCUGUAGUCAGACUGCCCGCCCACAUAGACCCCCAUAGAGUUACACUACAAGUGCACAGUCACACGGUCUUUGUCAUUUGUACGUCCUGAUCUGCCAAUCCACUGUGUUCAUCUGUGUUCAUUGUGUGUUUGUGUUAAUUUGCGUGCUGUCAACAGAUGCUUUCCUUUCAGGUUCCACUUCCACUGAGUGAGAAAAUUACAGACGCACAAAUAUCAUACCCCCCCCCCCACCAAAAAAUGCUAAUCUCCCCUGUUAUUGUGAUGGUGAGAGGUUAGCAUGUCUUAGGGGUAUGGUAUUUGUGCGUCUGUAACUUUCUCACUCAACAUUAUUCACGAUUCAUUCAGGAUUAUCCGUAAUCAUGGAAGCAUCCACAUUAACGUAGAAGUGUUUAGAAACAUAUUAUAUUCUUAUUUACUAUAAAAGUGACUCCAAAAUGACACAAUACAAUAUUUACCAUUCAUUUCUAUUGGGAAUAAAAUAAUCUGAAACAUAACCAAAAAAAAACAGCAAAUGAAUCCAACAUAUAUGUAGAGUUGCAAGCUUUAUGUAGUCAUUGCGUGCUGUGAUUAUGGGACAAAUACUAAACUUUUUACUACUUUAAUACACAUAUACAGUGAGGGAAAAAAGUAUUUGAUCCCCUGCUGAUUUUGUACGUUUGCACACUGACAAAGAAAUGAUCAGUCUAUCAUUUUAAUGGUAGGUUUAUUUGAACAGUGAGAGACAGAAUAACAACAAAGAAAUCCAGAAAAAAGCAUGUCAAAAAUGUUAUAAAUUGAUUUGCAUUUUAAUGAGGGAAAUACAUAUUUGACCCCCUCUCAAUCAGAAAGAUUUCUGGCUCCCAGGUGUCUUUUAUACAGGUAACGAGCUGAGAUUAGGAGCACACUCUUAAAGGGAGUGCUCCUAAUCUCAGUUUGUUACCUGUAUAAAAGACACCUGUCCACAGAAGCAAUCAAUCAAUCAGAUUCCAAACUCUCCACCAUGGCCAAGACCAAAGAGCUCUCCAAGGAUGUCAGGGACAAGAUUGUAGACCUACACAAGGCUGGAAUGGGCUACAAGACCAUCGCCAAGCAGCUUGGUGAGAAGGUGACAACAGUUGGUGCGAUUAUUCGCAAAUGGAAGAAACACAAAAUAACUGUCAAUCUCCCUCGGCCUGGGGCUCCAUGCAAGAUCUCACCUCAUGGAGUUGCAAUGAUCAUGAGAACGGUGAGGAAUCAGCCCAGAACUACACAGGAGGAUGUUGUCAAUGAUCUCAAGGCAGCUGGGACCACAGUUACCAAGAAAACAUUUGGUAACACACUACGCCGUGAAGGACUGAAAUCCUGCAGCACCCGCAAGGUCCCCAUGCUCAAGAAAUAACAUAUACAGGCCCGUCUGAAGUUUGCCAAUGAACAUCUGAAUGAUUCAGAGGAGAACUGGGUGAAAGUGUUGUGGUCAGAUGAGACCAAUAUCGAGCUCUUUGGCAUCAACUCAACUCGCCGUGUUUGGAGGAGGAGGAAUGCUGCCUAUGACCUCAAGAACACCAUCCCCACCGUCAAACAUGGAGGUGGAAACAUUAUGCUUUGGGGGUGUUUUUCUGCUAAGGGGACAGGACAACUUCACCGCAUCAAAGGGACGAUGGACGGGGCCAUGUACCGUCAAUUCUUGGGUGAGAACCUCCUUCCCUCAGCCAGGGCAUUGAAAAUGGGUCAUGGAUGGGUAUUCCAGCAUGACAAUGACCCAAAACACACGGCCAAGGCAACAAAGGAGUGGCUCAAGAAGAAGCACAUUAAGGUGCUGGAGUGGCCUAGCCAGUCUCCAGACCUUAAUCCCAUAGAAAAUCUGUGGAGGGAGCUGAAGGUUCGAGUUGCCAAACGUCAGGCUCGAAACCUUAAUGACUUGGAGAAGAUCUGCAAAGAGGAGUGGGACAAAAUCCCUCCUGAGAUGUGUGCAAACCUGGUGGCCAACUACAAGAACCGUCUGACCUUUGUGAUUGCCAACAAGGGUUUUGCCACCAAGUACUAAGUCAUGUUUUGCAGAGGGGUCAAAUACUUAUUUCCCUCAUUAAAAUGCAAAUCAAUUUAUAACAUUUUUGACAUGCGUUUUUCUGGAUUUUUGUUUUGUUAUUCUGUCUCUCACUGUUCAAAUAAACCUACCAUUAAAAAUUAUAGACUGAUCAUGUCUUUGUCAGUGGGCAAACGUACAAAAUCAGCAGUGGAUCAAAUACUUUUUUCCCUCACUGUAAGUGAAUUUGUCCCAAUAAUUUUGGUCCCCUAAAAUGGGGGGACUAUGUAGAAAAAGUGCUGUAAUUUCUAAACGGUUCACCCGAUAUGAAUGAAAAUACCCUCAAAUUAAAGCUGACAGUCUGCACCAAAGUGCUGGAGUACAGAGCCAAAACAACAAAAAAUGUGACACUCUCCCAAUACUUUUGGAGCUCACUGUAGAUCUAAAAAGACUCUUCCCAUACUCCUUCACUCCUACACCCAUCCAAAACUACACUACCACACUUUGGAGAAUCACAAGGUUGGGUGCAUGUGUCGAAAAAUAUGGGAGUUACAUUUUGGGGGUUGGGGGGAAGGAGGAAAAGGAAACGGUCCGACUACAUUUAUUGUCCCCAAUAUUGGGGUUUUAUUUAUUUUUUAAUUCGGAGGGUAUACUCAGAAGAUUAGUUCUAUCGCUCCCCCCCCCCGCCUUGUAAAAGUAUUCAAUUGAUUUAAUUGUCAUUUUAUGUCAACAUUCUACACAAAAUACUCUGUCAAUGUACAUUUUACAUUUUAGUCAUUUAGCAGAUGCUCUUGUCCAGAGAGUGCAUACAUUUUGUUUUUGUUCUUUUUUGUUUUUUCAUACUGGCCCCCUGUGGGAAUCGAACCCACAACCCUAGCGUUGCAAACGCCAUGCUCUACCAACUGAGCUACACGGGAUCAUUUAAUGUUACAUUCUCUACCAUAAGCCGCCUCAACGUCGUUUUAGAGAAAUUGGCAGUACGUCCAGCCGGCCUCACAACAGCAGACCAUGUGUAACCACGCCAGCCCAGGACCUCCACAUCUGGCUUCGUCACCUGCGGAAUCGUCUGAGACCAGCCACCCAGACAGCUGAUGAAACGGAGGAGCGUUUAUGUCUGUAAUAAAGCCCUUUUGUGGGGAAAAACUAAUUCUGAUUGGCUGGGCCUGGCUCUCCAGUGGGUGGGCCUGGCUCCCUAGUGGGUGAGCCUAUGCCCUCCCAUGGCUGCGGCCCGUCCCAGUCUUGUGAAAUCCAUAGAUUAGGGCCUAAUGAAUUUAUUUCAAUUGACUGAUUUCCUUAUAUGAACUGUAACUAAGUAAAGUCGUUGAAAUUGUUGCAUGUUGCGUUUAUAUUUUUGUUCAGUGUUGGUGUGUGUAUAUAAAUGCACUGAGUGUACAAAACAUUAGGAACACCUGCUCUUUCUUUGACAUAGACUGACCAGGUGAAUCCAGGUGAAAGCUAUGAUAAUCCCUUAUUGAUGUCACUUGUUAAAUCCACUUCAAUCAGUGUAGAUGAAGGGGAGGAGACAGGUUAAAGAAGGAUUUUUAAUCCUUGAGACAAUUGAGACAUGGAUUGUGCAUGUGUGCCAUUCAGAGGGUGAAUGGGCAAGACCAAAAUAUUUAAGUGACUUUGAAGGGGGUAUGGUAGUAGGUGCCAGGCGCACCGGUUUGUGUCAAGAACUGCAACGCUGCAGGGUUUUUCACACUCAACAGUUUCCCAUGUGUAUCAAGAAUGGUCCACCACCCAAAGGACAUCCAGCCAACUUUUUUUAUUUAUUUUUUAUUUCACCUUUAUUUAACCAGGUAAGCCAGUUGAGAACAGGUUCUCAUUUACAACUGCGACCUGGCCAAGAUAAAGCAAAGUAGUGCAAUAAAAACAACACAGAGUUACAUAUGGGGUAAAAAAAAAAAAACAUAAAGUCAGAAAUACAACAGAAAAUAUAUAUACAGUGUGUGCAAAUGUAGCAAGUUAUGGAGGUAAGGCAAUAAAUAGGCUAUAGUGCAGAAUAAUUACAAUAGUAUUAACACUGGAAUGCUAGAUGUGCAAGAGAUUAUGUGCAAAUAGAGAUACUGGGGUGCAAAAGAGCAAAAUAAAUAACAAUAUAGGGAUGAGGUAGUUGGGUGGGCUAAUUUCGGAUGGGCUGUGUACAGGUGCAGUGAUCGGUAAGGUGCUCUGACAACUGAUGCUUAAAGUUAUUGAGGGAGAUAAGAGUCUCCAGCUUCAGAGAUUUUUGCAAUUCGUUCCAGUCAUUGGCAGCAGAGAACUGGAAGGAAUGGCGGCCAAAGGAGGUGUUGGCUUUGGGAAUGACCAGUGAGAUAUACCUGCUGGAGCGCAGACUACGGGUGGGUGCUGCUAUGGUGACCAAUGAGCUAAGAUAAGGCGGGGAUUUGCCUAGCAGUGAUUUAUAGAUGGCCUGGAGCCAGUGGGUUUGACGACGAACAUGUAGUGAGGACCAGCCAACAAGAGCGUACAGGUCACAGUGGUGGGUAGUGUAUGGGGCUUUGGAGACAAAACGGAUGGCACUGUGAUAGACUACAUCCAAUUUGCUGAGUAGAGUGUUGGAGGCUAUUUUGUAAAUUACAUCGCCGAAGUCAAGGAUCGGUAGGAUAGUCAGUUUUACGAGGGCAUGUUUGGCAGCAUGAGUGAAGGAGGCUUUAUUGCGAAAUAGGAAGCCGAUUCUAGAUUUAACUUUGGAUUGGAGAUUCUUUAUGUGAGUCUGGAAGUUGAGUUUACAGUCUAACCAGACACCUAGGUAUUUGUAGUUGUCCACAUACUCUAGGUCAGACCCGUCGAGAGUGGUGAUUCUAGUCGGGUGGGCGGGUGCCAGCAGCGUUCGAUUGAAAAGCAUGCAUUUAGUUUUACUAGUGUUUAAGAGCAGUUGGAGGCUACUGAAGGAUUGUUGUAUGGCAUUGAAGCUCGUUUGGAGGUUUGUUAACACAGUGUCCAAUGAAGGGCCAGAUGUAUACAAAAUGGUGUCGUCUGCGUAGAGGUGGAUCUGAGAGUCACCAGCAGCAAGAGCGACAUCAUUGAUAUACACGGAGAAAAGUGUCGGCCCAAGAAUUGAACCCUGUGGCACCCCCAUAGAGACUGCCAUAGGUCCAGACAACUUGACACAACUGUGGGAACCAUUAAAGUCAACAUGGGCCAGCAUCCCUGUGUAACGCUUUCGACACCGUGUAGAGUCCAUGCCCCGACGAAUUGAGGCUGUUCUGAGGGCAAAAGGGGGAGGGGGGGGGGUGCAACUCAAUAUUAGGAAGGUGUUCUUAAUGUUUUGUACACUCAGUGUAUAUCUCUCCUUUUCCCUCUCUCUCCAUCUCUUUCCCUUAUUUUCUCUCUCUUAUCUCCCUCUCUCCCUGCCCCCUGGUCCGUGGGAGCUCUCAAUCUCUGUCACUCACUCAUUCAGUCUCUGUCACUCACUCGUUCAGUCCCUCUCUCUGUCCGUUUGUUUGAAAAACUGGAAAAUGUGUCAUCUCUGUUUCCAGAGUAUGAUGUCAUCAGUGUGCUGCUGAAGGAGAGAGUGCAUUACACUACAUUACCCCAGCCAGCCAGUAUCUGUCAGAUAGAAGGAAGGAAGCAGGAAGAUGAACACACACACACAGGCGUUUCAGACCCCAAGUGGUUGCAUACAUUACAUUUCCACGCCAUUUAGCAAAUAUAUUUUUCAUGAGUGUGUGUGGGUGGGAGCCGGCUUGAGCCUUUUGGGGCCCUAAGCGAGAAUUGGUUGGUGGGCCCCCUACCUCGCAGCAAAACAUUUUAGUUGUCCGCCUCUUGACGGUGGAGAGAACUAUUUAACUUUUAAAGUUCAUUUCCUGCAAUUCUGCUCAUUUUGCAAUGGGGCAGAGAGAAUAAAUGUGCCGUUUUUAAAGGUAACUUCCUGCAUUCUACCCGUUUUGUAAUGAGUUAUGCCAUGUCAAUAUGAUAUCUGAGUGAGAAUGACUAACUGGGGGCGGGGCUACCGCUUCCCACAUGUCCUCUAGUCUAUAGGAUGGAUUCCUGGUAAACCUAGAUAGGAACUCGAUCUAGAUGGGAACUCUAUCUAGGUUGAAUAACCCACAGGCGCCCUCUAGUGACAAAUGGACAAUAGAGAUUUUUCAAAUAGAUAUUCUUUCAGAUAAUCACAUGUAUUUAUAUAUAUCAUGGAGUUAUUGAUAUCUGAAAUUUCUCGCGACCCCAACCAUGUGAAAAAAAAGUAUGUAUUUAACAGCCAAUGUUUACUUUUUUAUUUGGGGCUAUUUCUGAUUGUCUUAACUCACCAUCACAUACUUUUAAUGUGGGGCUAUGACAGUCAAUUGCAAAUUAGUCUGACAUCAUGUAUCUUAUCUCACCACCGCUAAUGUCGCGUGUCGCGUUGGAGAUUCUCAAAGUCGGGGGGGGGGCGUGGUCGACAGUGCGCACCUCAUCUCUGCUGUCACAUCCAACCUGGAUCGAUAUUUGGUUUUAAUGCAGACGAGAGCACUGAAUCCAGCUUCACACAGAUAUGAGCUGGCGAAGGGUACCAUGAGUUUUAUGGUGCUUUCAAGACAACUGGGAACUUUGAAAGAUAUGAGGUGAAAUCAUGACGUCAGUGAUCUUAAGGUUGGAAAGUUGGAGCUCUAGAAAGAGGCCCAAGUUCCUGAGUUGGAAUUCCGAGUUGGAUGACCGUUCAAAACUAUUUUUCCCAGUCAGAGCUGUUUUUUUUUUCUCUAGAGUUCCCCGUUGUCUUGAACGCACUGACGUCGGAAUUCUGAGACUUCAGAGUUCACAGUUCACAGUUGUUUUGAACACGGCAUGGUAUUCCCGAUAGGGUAUUCCCUUUGAGUCAUGAACUAAAACUCCUCCGUAGUGUGCCGUGAAUGUAUUCAGUCACAUAACCGCUCGAUCAGCUGUUCGAUUUCACUUACCGGCAUGUCAACUGAGCCAGGAUCACAGUCAAACGGAUUGGGAAGUAGGUCCCAAAGUGCUCUUCCAAGCGUUGGAGGUGAUCAGUCAUCACUCGUGUGGGACACUUACUGAUGCUGUUUUCUGUUAGAAACAUGCACAGCAGAGGGAAGGGGGCAUGGAUCUCUUUUGAAAGACUCUCUCUCCAAUAAUAAUUAUUUCCUCUGAAUCCACUGAUUCGGUCACUCAUCUGUAGAAUGUUUUGUAUUUCCCCUGCAUGCUUGCGUUCAGUUCGUUAGUUUACCAAAUAUGUCUGUUACAUAGGCAAGGAGACACAUUUUAUUUUCAUUACACAGUCAAUCAAUCAAUCAAAUGUAUUUAUAAAGCCUUUUUUCAUCAGCAGAUGUCACAAAGUGCUAUACAGAAAUCCAGCCUAAAACCCCAAACAGCAAGCAAUGCAGAUGUAGAAGCACGGUGGCUAGGAAAAACUCCCUAGAAAGGCAGGAACCUAGGAAGAAACCUAGAGAGGAACCAGGCUCUGAGGGGUGGCCAGUCCUCUUCUGGCUGUGCUGGGUGAAGAUUAUAAGAGUGGCCAUUUAAGGCCAGAUGGUUCUUCAAGAUGUUCAAACGUUCAUAGAUGUCCAGCAGGGUCAAAUGAUAAUCAGUGGUUGUAGAGGGUGCAACAGGUCAGUACCUCAGGAGUAAAUGUCAGUUGGCUUUUCAUAGUCGAGCAUUCAGAGGUCGAGACAGCAGGUGCGGUAGAGAGAGAGCGGAUCGAAAACAGCAGGUCCGGGACAAGGUAGCACGUCCGGUGAACAGGUCAGGGUUCCCUAGCCGCAGGCAGAACAGUUUUAAACUGGAGCAGCAGCACGACCAGGUGGACUGUGGACAGCCAAGAGUCAUCAGGCCAGGUAGUCCGGAGGCAUGGUCCUAGGGCUCAGGUCCUCCGGGAGGGGAGGGAGAGAGGGAGAGAAUUAGAGGGAGCAUACUUCAAUUCACACAGGACACCAGAUAAGACAGGAGAAUUACACCAGAUAUAACAGACUGACCCUAGCCCCUCGGCACAUAGACUAUUGCAGCAUAGAUACUGGAGACUGAGACAGGGGUGGGUCAACAGUUCUUCUCUCAAUGUGAAAAAUCUUUCCAACACUCUCCCUCUAAACCUCCAAGCAUCGGUGUGAAAUAGAGCGUUGCCCACUGAAGUCAGGUCAAUACCCCGGUGAGGACGACGAGCAUGCAGAUGAGCUUCCUUGAGAUGGUUUCUGAUAGUUUGUGCAGAAAUUAUUCGGUUGUGCAAACCCACAGUGUCAUCAGCUAUCCGGGUGGCUGGUCUCAGAUGAUCCCGCAGGUGAAGAAGCCGGAUGUGGAGGUCCUGGGCUGGCGUGGUUACACGUGGUCUGCAGUUGUGAGGCCGGUUGGACGCACUGCCAAAUUCUCUAAAACGACGUCGGAGGCGGCUUAUGGUAGAGAAAUGAACAUUACAUUUUCUGGCAACAGCUCUGGUGGACAUUCUUAUAGUCAGCAUGCCAAUUGCACGUUCCCUCAAAAUGUUGAGACAUCUCUGUGGCAUUGUGUUGUGUUACAAAACUGCACUUUGUGCACCUGUAUAAUGAUCAUGCUGUUUAAGCAGCUUCUUGAUAUGCCAAACCUGUCAGGUGGAUGGAUUAUCUUGGCAAAUGAGAAAUGCUCACAAACAAGGAUGUAAGCAAAUUUGUGUACAAACUUGAGAGAAAGAAGCUUUUUGUGCAUGUGGAAAAUUUCGGGGAUCUUUUAUUUCAACUCAUGAUAUAGAUAUGAGUUUCUGUGCCUCUGCCUCCCCACAUUGUUUUCACCAUAUCAAUUGUGGCUGCUAAUAUCAAAGUCUCUGCAAUAGUGUGUGGUUUCAUAGCGUAGCAGGCCUAGCCAUUCACGUGGGAAUAAUUCAAGUGCAACGGUCAAGUACCGCCUUUUCCCAUGAUCUAAGCGCGCUCUCUGGUUGAAUUUGAUCUUUUAGAUUUAAAUCAUUUUCAUUUAAAUUUAAGGUUAACCACAUUAAAAUGAUUAUGAGAUACAAAGACAAUAUUAUAAUAUAUAUACUUUAUAUGUUUUGAUAUUAUUAUAAAAAAGAAUGUCUUCAGGGUUUUGGAAAUUCUCCCGCGACCCCAUUUUCAUAUCAGGUGACCCCUAGUUUGGGAACCGCUGCUCUAACCUGUAACCUCUCUUUUCUCCCCAGCAUGACUUUGUACGUCGGGAGCGCCCCCCGCGGGUCCUUAUGGAUCUGAUCCAGAGGACCAAGGACGCGGUGAGGGAGCUGGACAACCUGCAGUACCGUAAGAUGAAGAAGAUCCUCUAUCAGGAAAAACACAUGGGGGAGAGCCUGGAGGAGGAGGAGGUGAGGAUGGAAGGGGGGAGCCAGGAGGAGGAGAGGAUGGGAGGGGGGAGCCAGGAGGAGGUGAGGAUGGAAGGGGGGAGCCAGGAGGAGGUGAGGAUGGAAGGGGGGAGCCAGGAGGAGGAGAGGAUGGGAGGGGGGAGCCAGGAGGAGGUGAGGAUGGAAGGGGGGAGCCAGGAGGAGGUGAGGAUGGGAGUGGGGAGCCAGGAGGAGGAGAGGAUGGGAGGGGGAGCCAGGAGGAGGUGAGGAUGGGAGUGGGGAGCCAGGAGGAGGAGAGGAUGGGAGGGGGGGAGCCAGGAGGAGGAGAGGAUGGGAGGGGGGAGCCAGGAGGAGGAGAGGAUAGAGGAAGGACAGAGACAGGAGGAGGAGGAGGAAGUACAUCCACUAUAACCACUACUAUUCUUACUUUACUAUGAAACAUGUCAGUAGGAUGUGUACACAAUUGAUUACAUGAAUAGAAUAAGAAACCAUGCCAUUGUGUGUCCGGGUGGAUAACCCUCUGGAGUCAACUGAACUCCUGUUUUGGUCUGGCACAAAUGGAAUGGGUGUCCCAGAGGUCAACAAAGGUUGACCUGGAGAAGACACAUGUCCUCCUGUUCACCUGACUUGAACUAGGGCAAAGGAACACUGAUACAGAGUCGUGAGACCCUGUCAUCUAGCCCUGCGUCUCAGUUCUCCACCCAUUUUUUUUUUGCCCAUGCUUAUUAAGCUCUUUAUGGACAUUAUAUAAAUAAACACAUUUCCAGACAUUCUGUUUUUGAUUUCCCUGUGCUGGGUUUGUUUUUGUGCCACAAGCUCUGUUUUGUAUGGCACACUCAAGCAUGCUGAUUCUGUUAGGACCGACAGACACAGACCGACAGACACCCACAGACGACAGACACCCACAGACCGACAGACACCCACAGACGACAGACACCCACAGACCGACAGACACCCACAGACCGACAGACACCCACAGACCGACAGACACCCACAGACCGACAGACACCCACAGACCGACAGACACCCACAGACCGACAGACACCCACAGACCGACAGACACCCACAGACCGACAGACACCCACAGACCGACAGACACCCACAGACAGACAGACACCCACAGACCGACAGACAGACACCCACAGACCGACAGACAGACACCCACAGACCGACAGACAGACACCCACAGACCGACAGACAGACCAAGAACAACACCACAGACCGACAGACCGACAACGACAGACAGACAGACAGACAAACCGACCGACAGGACAGACAGACAGACACGACCGACAGACAGACAGACACCGACCCGACAGACACCACAGACAACCGACCGACAGACAGACAGACAACCGACCACAGACACCGACAGACAGACAGACACCGACGACAGACAGACAGACACCGACAGACAGACAGACACCGACAGACAGACACCGACCGACAGACAGACAGACACCGACCGACAGACAGACAGACACCGACAGACAGACAGACACCGACAGACAGACAGACACACCGGACAACGACCGACAACAACAAGAGACAGAACACGACCGACAGACAGACACCGACCGACAGACAGACACCGACCGACAGACAGACACCGACCGACAGGACAGACAGACACACACGACACGACACCGACGACAGACAGACAACCGACCGACAGACAGACAGACACCGACAGACAGACAGACACCGACCGACAGACAGACAGACAGACACCGACCGACAGACAGACAGACAGACAGACAGACAGACACCGACCGACAGACAGACAGACAGACACCGACCGACAGAGAGACACCGACCGACAGACAGACAGACACCGACCGACCGACAGAGAGACACCGACCGACAGAGAGAGACAACAAAAAAACCGACCCAACAGAGAACAGAGCAGACACAGAGACACAGAGACACAGAGACAGGCACAGACUGACACACACAGACUGACACACACAGACUGACAGACUGACACACACAGACUGACAGACUGACACACACAGACUGACAGACUGACACACACAGACUGACAGACUGACACACACAGACUGACACACACAGACUGACACACACAGACUGACACACACAGACUGACAGACUGACACACACAGACUGACACACACAGACUGACACAGACUGACACUGACAGACACUGACAGACACAGAAACACACAGAGAGACAGACAGCGAGAGACACACAGACAGCGAGAGACACACAGACAGCGAGAGACACACAGACAGCGAGAGACACACAGACAGCGAGAGACACACAGACAGCGAGAGCCACACAGACAGAGAGAGCGCACACAGACAGAGAGAGCCACACAGACAGAGAGAGCCACACAGACAGAGAGAGCCACACAGACAGAGAGAGCCACACAGACAGAGAGAGCCACACAGACAGAGAGAGCCACACAGACAGAGAGAGCCACACAGACAGAGAGAGCCACACAGACAGAGAGAGCCACACAGACAGAGAGAGCCACACAGACAGAGAGAGCCACACAGACAGAGAGAGCCACACUGACAGAGAGAGCCACACUGACAGAGAGAGCCACACUGACAGAGAGAGCCACACAGACAGAGAGAGACACACAGACAUACGCAGACAGAGACAUACACAGACAGACACAGAGACACACAGACACACAGACAGACAGACACACAGACAGACAGACAUGACUGGAGGACUGACAUCGAUACGGUCUGUCUGUCUGUGUGAAUCAAAUGGUGGUUAAUAGGCUAUUUAGCAUGACUUUGACUAUGUUGCCCUCUUGAUGGCAGGACAUUAUUUCUGCUAUAUCAAGGUCACUCCAAGUUUAAUGAGGCUAUUUGGAAACCCAUAUUUACAGUUGAGGGGAGGGAAGGGGUGAGGGUUGUGUGUGUGUGUGUGCGUUUCCAACAGUGUGUGUAUACUGAUUUCUCUCUCUCUCUCUCUCUCUCUCUCCCCCCCCCCCCCCCCCCCCCUCCAGGACUGUGAGCAGGCCAGCUGUAAGACGAACAGCCUGGGCAGUAACCACUCCAUCCCCAGCACCUCAGUCAGUACAGGAAGUCAGAGCAGCAGCGUCAACAGCAUGCAGGAGGUCCUAGACGAGAGCUGCUCCGACGUGACCAUGAUGCACCACGACUAUGACAGCAGCUUAGAGUCCUCCGCACACACCAAAAAGGUAUUACUGACAGAGGGAGACAUACACACACACACACCAAGAUGCUACACACUGUAGCGCCUAGAAGAAAACUAGCACUAUCAGUGUCCCUCCAGCAAGUCACCCACUACCCACGUCUUCAAGAAUGACACCAACAAACAUGAACACACACACAUCAAGAAGACUCAUCUAGCCCCUCAGUCUCUAGCCAGCCAUCCAGCAACCACCUACACCAAACUUCAACCCACGUCCUCAAGAAUGACAGCUCUCAGGGCUGUAUAAAGGGUCAUACACAGAAGUGAAAUGUGUACACUCCAACCCGCACCCAAAUAAUGACACACACCAAACAGAACCAACCUCGCCGAGGUAAUCAUAUAAUCAUACUAUAUUAACCUAAACAAACCUAACACCCUUCGAAAACACUGACGCCAUGGAAACCAAAGAUACAGUUGAAGUUGGAAGUUUACAUACACCUUAGCCAAAUACAUUUAAACUCAGUUUUUUACAAUUCCUGACAUUUAGUCCUAGUAAAAAUUCCCUGUCUUAGGUCAGUUAGGAUCACCACUUUAUUUUAAGAAUGUAAAAUGUCAGAAUAAUUGUAGAGAGAAUGAUUUAUUUAAGCUUCUAUUUAUUUCAUCACAUUCCCAGUGGGUCAGAAGUUUACAUACACUCAAUUAGUAUUUGGUAGCAUUGCCUUUAAAUUGUUUAACAUGGGUCAAACAUUUUGGGUAGCCUUCCACAAGCUUCCCACAAUAAGUUUGGGUGACUUUUGGCCCAUUCCUCCUGACAGAGCUGGUGUAACUGAGUCAGGUUUGUAGGCCUCCUUGCUCGCCCACGCUUUUUCAGUUCUGUCCACACAUUUUCUAUAGGAUUGAGGUCAGGGCUUUGUGAUGGCCACUCCAAUACCUUGACUUUGUUGUCCUUAAGCCAUUUUGCCACAACUUUGGAAGUAUGCUUGGGGUCAUUGUCCAUUUGGAAGACACAUUUGCGACCAAGCUUUAACUUCCUGACUUAUGUCUUGAGAUGUUGCUUCAAUAUAUCCAAAUAAUUUUCCUUCCUCAUGAUGCCAUCUAUUUUGUGAAGUGCACCAGUCCCUCCUGCAGCAAAGCACCCCCACAGCAUGAUGCUGCCACCCCCGUGCUUCACAGUUGGGAUGGUGUUCUUCGGCUUGCAAGCCUUCCCCCUUUUUCCUCCAAACAUAACGAUGGUCAUUAUGGCCAAACAGUUCUAUAUUUGUUUUAUCAGACCAGAGGACAUUUCUCCAAAAAGUACGAACUUUGUCCCCAUGUGCAGUUGCAAACUGUAGUCUGGCUUUUUUAUGGCGGUUUUAGAGCAGUGGCUUCUUCCUUGCUGAGCGGCCUUUCAGGUUAUGUCGAUAUAGGAUUUUUUUUAUGUCAAAAACUAAAAACUAAAAAGAUACCUUAUUUACGUAAGUAUUCAGACCAUUUGCUAUGAGACUCAAAAUUGAGCUUAGGUGCAUCCUGUUUCCAUUGAUCAUCCUUGAUGUUUCUGCAACUUGAUUGGAGUCCACCUGUGGUAAAUUCAAUUGAUUGGUUAUGAUUUGGAAAUGCACACACCUGUCUAUAUAAGGUCCCACAGUUGACAGUGCAUGUCAGAGCAAAAACCAAGCCAUGAGGUCGAAGGAAUUGUCCGUAGACCUCCGAGACAGGAUUGUGUCGGCACAGAUCUGGGGAAGGGUACUAAAAAAUGUCUGCAGCAUUGAAGGUCCCCAAGAACACAGUGGCCUCCAUCAUUCUUCAAUGGAAGAAGUUUGGAACCACCAAGACUCUUCCAAGAGCUGGCUGCCCGGCCAAACUGAGCAAUCGGGGGAGAAGGGCCUUGGUCAGGGAGGUGACCAAGAACCUGAUGGUCACUCUGACAGAGCUCCCGAGUUCCUCUGUGGAGAUGGUAGAACCUUCCAGAAGGACAAUCAUCUCUGCAGCACUCCACCAAUCAGGCCUUUAUGGUAGAGUGGCCAGGCGGAAGCCUCUCCUCAGUAAAAGGCACAUGACAGCCCGCUUGGAGUUUGCCAAAAGGCACCUAAAGGACUCAGACCAUGAGAAAAAAUUAUCUGGUCUGAUGAAACCAAGAUUGAACUCUUUGGCCUGAAUGCCAAGCGUGACGUCUGGAGGAAACAUGGCACCAUCUCUACGGUGAAGCAUGGUGGUGGCAGCAUCAUGCUGUGGGGAUGUUUUUCAGCGGCAGGGACUGGGACACUAGUCAGGAUCGAGGGAAAGCUGAACGGAGAAAAGUACAGAGCGAUCCUUGAUGAAAACCUGCUCUAGAGCGCUCAGGAUCUCAGACUGGGGCGAAGGUUCACCUUUCAACAGGCCGACGACCCUAAGCACACAGCCAAGACAAUGCAGGAGCGGCUUCGGGACAAGUCUCUGAAUGUCCUUGAGUGGCCCAGCCAGAGCUCAGACUUGAACCCGAUCGAACAUCUCUGGAGAGACCUGAAAAUAGCUGUGCAGCGACGCUCCCCAUCCAACCUGACAGGGCUUGAGAGGAUCUGCAGAGAAGAAUGGGAGAAACCCCAAAUACAGGUGUGCCAAGCUUGUAGCAUCAUACCUUAAGACUCAAGGCUGUAAUCACUGCCAAAGGUGUUUCUACAAAAUACUGAGUAAAGGGUCUGAAUACUUAUGUAAAUGUGAUAUUACUGUUCUUUAUUUUUUAUACAUUUGCAAACAAUUAUACAUUUAUUUUUGGUUUGUCAUUAUGGGGUAUUGUGUGUAUAUUGAUGAGAGGAAAAACAUGUUUUAAUCCAUUUUAGAAUAAGGCUGUAACGUAACAAAAUGUGGAAAAAGUCAAGGGGUCUGAAUACUUUCUGAAGGCACUGUAUACAGUGCCUUCAAAAAGUAUUCACAGCCCUUUACUUUUUUUUUGUUGUGUUACAAAGUGGGAUUAAAAUGGAUUUGGCAUUUUUUGUCAACAAUCUACACAAAAUACUCUGUGGAAGACACAUUUUCAUUUGUAAAAUAUAACACUAAUAUACAGUAUGUUGAUUAGAUAAGUCAAUACAUGUUAGAAUUACCUUUUGAGUCUUUCUGGGUAGGUCUCUAAGAGCUUUCCACACCUGGAUUAUGCAACAUUUGCCCAUUUUUUUGUUUUCAAAAUUCUUCAAGCUCUGUCAAAUUGGUUGUUGAUCAUUGCUAGAACACCAUUUUCAGGUCUUGCCAUAGAUUUUCAAGCAGAUUUAAGUCAAAACUGUAACUCGGCCACUCAGGAACAUUCACUGUCUUCUUGGUAAGCAACUCCAAUGUAGAUUUGGCCUUGUGUUUUAGGAUAUUGUCCUGCUGAAAGGUGAAUUCAACUCCCAGUGUCUGGUGGAAAGCAGACUGAACCAGGUUUUCCUCUAGGAUUUUGCCUGUCCAUAGCUCCAUUCCGUUUCUUUUUUAUCCUGAAAAACUCCCCAGUCCUUAACGAUUACAAGCAUACCCAUAAUAUGAUGCAGCCACCACUUUGCUUGAAAAUAUUGAGUGUUACUCAGUAAUAUGUUGUGUUGGAUUUUCCCCAAACAUGACAAUUUGUAUUCAGGACAAAAAGUAAAUUGCUUUGCCAAUUUUUUUUGCAGUAUUACUUUAGUGCCUUAUUGCAAACAGGAUGCAUGUUUAGGAAUAUUUUCUUCUGUACAGGCUUCCUUUUUUUCACUCUGUCAUUUAGGUUAUUAUUGUGGAGUAACAUCCAUUAAACUCUAACUGUUUUAAAGUCACAAUUGGGCCUCAUGGUGAAUACCCUGAGCAGUUUCCUUCCUCUACAGCAACAGAGUUAGGAAAGACACCUGUAUAUUUGUAGUGACUAGGUGUAUUGAUACACCAUCCGCAGUGUAAUUAAUAACGUCACCAUGCUCAAAGGGAUAUUCUGUGUCUGCUUUAUUUAUUUUUUACAAAUCUACCAAUAGGUGCCCUUUGCAAGACAUUGGAAAACCUCCCUGGUCUUUGGUUGAAUAUGUGUUUGAAAUUCACUGGUCAACUGAGGGACCUUACAGAUAAUUGUGUGUGUGUGGGGUACAGAGAUAAGGUAGUCAUUCAAAAAUCAUGUUAAACUCUUAUUAUUGAAAGAAAGAAUUGCGCCCGAGGGGAUGGCUGCCGUUUUACGGGCUCCUAACCAACUGCUAUUUUGUGUGUGUUUUCGCAUUGUUUGUAACUUAUUUUGUACAUAAUGUUGUCUGCUACUGUCUCUUAUGACCGAAAAGAGCUUCUGGGUAUCAGAACAGCGAUUACUCACCUCGAACUAGACAACGUUUUUUCUUUAAUGGGUCCGACGCAAAGGAUAUACUGCUUCUCCGAGACCAGGCCCAAAUCCCCAUCUUUCACGUGAAGAAAAGGCGGAAAUACAGGGGGCGGAGAUCGGGGUGCCUUGUGAGAAUUUGUUGGUGAGUGGGUAACCCGCCUCUACCAUCCGUUUUAUUGGCCAACGUGCAAUCACUGGAAAAUAAACUGGAUGAGCUCUGUUUGAGACUAUCCUACCAACGGGACAUUCAAAACUGUAAUAUCUUAUGUUUCACCGAGUCUUGGCUGAAUGACGACACAGAUUAUAUACAGUUGGCUGGGUUAACCGUGCAUCGGCAGGACAGAAUAGCUACGUCUGGUAAGACGAGGGGUGGUGGUGUGUGUCUAUUUGUCAAUAACAGCUGGUGUGUGAUGUCUAAUAUUAAAGAGGUCUCAAAGUAUUGCUCGCCUAAGGUAGAGUAUCUCAUGAUAAGCUGUAGACCACACUAUCUACCAAGAUAGUGUGGUCUACAGACCGCACUUAACGAGCUGUAUAAGGCCAUAAGCAAACAAGAAAAUGCUCAUCCAGAAGCGGCGCUCCUAGUGGCCGGGGACUUUAAUGCAGGCAAACUUAAAUCCGUUUUACCUCAUUUCUACCAGCAUGUGCAACCAGAGGGAAAAAAACUAGACCACCUUUACUUCUCACGCAGAAAAACUUUCCCUCGUCCUCCAUUUGAAAAAUCUGACCAUGCAAAAAACAAAAGCAGGAAGUACGAGUGACUCGCUCAAUACGUUCCUUGGUGUCCACAUCACCAACAAUCCGUUUUACCUCAUUUCUACCAGCAUGUGCAACCAGAGGGAAAAAAACUAGACCACCUUUACUUCUCACGCAGAAAAACUUUCCCUCGCCCUCCAUUUGAAAAAUCUGACCAUGCAAAAAACGAAAGCAGGAAGUACGAGUGACUCGCUCAAUACGUUCCUUGGUGUCCACAUCACCAACAAACUAUCAUGGUCCAAUCACACCAAGACAGUCGUGCAGAGAGCACGACAACACCUUUUCCCCCUCAGGAGACUGAAAAGAUUUGUCAUGGGGUCCUCAGAUCCUCAAAAAGUUCUACAGCUGCACCAUCGAGAGCAUCCUGACCGGUUGCAUCACCGCCUGGUAUGGCAACUGCUCCGCAUCCGACCGUAAGGUGCUACAGAGGGUAGUGCGUACGGCCCAGUACAUCACUGGGGACAAGGUUCCUGCCAUCCAGGACCUACAUACUAGGCGGUGUCAGAGGAAGGCCCAAACAAUUGUUAGACUCCAGUCACCCUAGUCAUAGACUGUUCUCUCUGCUACCGCACGGCAAAACGGUACCGGAGCGCCAAGUCUAGGUCCAAAAGGCUACUUAACAGCUUCUACCCCUAAGCCAUAAGACUGCUGAACAAUUAAUCAAAUGGCCACCUGGACUAUUUGCAUUGACCCCCACCCCCUUUGUUUUUACUCUGAAGAAAUUCGGCUUGGCACCUAAAACCCUCACAAACUUUUACAGAUGCACAAUUGAGAGCAUCCUGUCGGGCUCUAUCACCACCUGGUACGGCAACUGCACCGCCCGCAACCGCAGGGCUCUCUAGAGGGUGGUGCGGUCUGCCGAACGCAUUAUCGGGGGCAAACUACCCGCCCCCGAUGUCACAGGAAGGCCAAAAAGAUAAUCAAGGACAUCAACCACCCGAGCCACUGCCUGUCCACCCCGCUAUCAUCCAGAAGGCGAGGUCAGUACAGGUGCAUCAAAGCUGAGACCGAGAGAAGGAAAAACAGCUUCUAUUUCAAGGCCAUCAGAAUGUUAAAUAGCCAUCACUAGCACAUUAGAGGCUGCUGCUGCCUAUUGAAAUCACUGACCACUUUAAGAAAUGGAACACUAGUCACUUUAAUAAUGUUUACAGUCACUUUAAUAAUGUUUACAUAUCUUGCACUACUCAUCUCAUAUAUACAGUGGGGGAAAAAAGUAUUUAGUCAGCCACCAAUUGUACAAGUUCUCCCACUUAAAAAGAUGAGAGAGGCCUGUAAUUUUCAUCAUAGGUACACGUCAACUAUGACAGACAAAAUGAGAAUUUUUUUUCAAGAAAAUCACAUUGUAGGAUUUUUAAUGAAUGUAUUUGCAAAUUAUGGUGGAAAAUAAGUAUUUGGUCAAUAACAAAAGUUUCUCAAUACUUUGUUAUAUACCUUUUGUUGGCAAUGACACAGGUCAAACGUUUUCUGUAGGUCUUCACAAGGUUUUCACACACUGUUGCUGGUAUUUUGGCCCAUUCCUCCAUGCAGAUCUACUCUAGAGCAGUGAUGUUUUGGGGCUGUCGCUGGGCAACACGGACUUUCAACUCCCUCCAAAGAUUUUCUAUGGGGUUGAGAUCUGGAGACUGGCUAGGCCACUCCAGGACCUUGAAAUGCUUCUUACGAAGACACUCCUUCGUUGCCCGGGCGGUGUGUUUGGGAUCAUUGUCAUGCUGAAAGACCCAGCCACGUUUCAUCUUCAAUGCCCUUGCUGAUGGAAGGAGGUUUUCACUCAAAAUCUCACGAUACAUGGCCCCAUUCAUUCUUUCCUUAACACGGAUCAGUCGUCCUGGUCCCUUUGCAGAAAAACAGCCCCAAAGGAUGAUGUUUCCACCCCCAUACUUCACAGUAGGUAUGGUGUUCUUUGGAUGCAACUCAACAUUCUUUGUCCUCCAAACACGACGAGUAGAGUUUUUACCAAAAAGUUAUAUUUUGGUUUCAUCUGACCAUAUGACAUUCUCCCAAUCCUCUUCUGGAUCAUCCAAAUGCACUCUAGCAAACUUCAGACGGGCCUGGACAUGUACUGGCUUAAGCAGGGGGACACGUCUUGCACUGCAGGAUUUGAGUCCCUGGCGGCGUAAUGUGUUACUGAUGGUAGGCUUUGUUACUUUGGUCCCAGCUCUCUGCAGGUCAUUCACUAGGUCCCCCCGUGUGGUUCUGGGAUUUUUGCUCACCGUUCUUGUGAUCAUUUUGACCCCACGGGGUGAGAUCUUGCGUGGAGCCCCAGAUCGAGGGAGAUUAUCAGUGGUCUUGUAUGUCUUCCAUUUCCUAAUAAUUGCUCCCACAGUUGAUUUCUUCAAACCAAGCUGCUUACCUAUUGCAGAUUCAGUCUUCCCAGCCUGGUGUAGGUCUACCAUUUUGUUUCUGGUGUCCUUUGACAGCUCUUUGGUCUUGGCCAUAGUGGAGUUUGGAGUGUGACUGUUUGAGGUUGUGGACAGGUGUCUUUUAUACAGAUAACAAGUUCAAACAGGUGCCAUUAAUACAGGUAACGAGUGGAGGACAGAGGAGCCUCUUAAAGAAGAAGUUACAGGUCUGUGAGAGCCAGAAAUAUUGCUUGUUUGUAGGUGACCAAAUACUUAUUUUCCACCAUAGUUUUCAAAUAAAUUCAUAAAAAAUCCUACAAUGUGAUUUUCUGGAUUAUUUUCUUCUCAAUUUGUCUGUCAUAGUUGACGUGUACCUAUGAUGAAAAUUACAGGCCUCUCUCAUCUUUUUAAGUGGGAGAACUUGCACAAUUGGUGGCUGACUAAAUACUUUUUUCCCCCACUGUAUAUAUAUAUAUACUGCAUUCUAUUCUAUAAUAUUCUACUGUAUCUUAGUCCAUGCCGCUCAUUCAUUGCUUGUCAUUGCUUGUAUAUUUUCUUAAAUUCUAUUCCUUACUAGUUUUGUGUGUAUUGGGUAUAUGUUGUGAAAUUGUUAGAUAUUACUGCACUGUUGGAGCUAGAAGCACAAGCAUUUCGCUACACCCGCUAUAACAUCUGCUAAACAAGUGUAUGUGACAAAUAGAAUUUGAUUUGAUUUGCUGCUACUCGCUGUUUAUUAUCUAUGUAUAGUCACUUUACCCCUACCUACAUGUACAAAUUACCUCGACUAACCUGUACCCCCGCACAUUGACUCGGUACCGGUACCCCCUGUAUAUAGCCUCGGUAUUGUUAUUUUAUUGUGUUACUUUUUAUUUUUUAUUUUAUUUAGUAAAUAUUGUCUUAACUCUAUUUCUUGAACUGCAUUGUUGGUUAAGGGCUUGUAAGUAAGCAUUUCACGGUAAGGUUGUAUUCGGCGCAUGUGACAAAUGAAAUUUGAUUUGAUUUAUUGCACUCUGAGUGAGUCCAUGCAACUUACUACGUUACUUGUAUUUAGGCUUGCCAUAACAAAGGGGUUGACUCAAGACAUUUCAGCUUUUUUUUUUUUUAUUAAUAAAACAAUUCCACUUUGACACUAUGGGUUAUAGUGUGUAGACAACAAAUCUACAUUUAAUCAGUUUUAAAUUCAGGCUGUAACACAACAACAUUUGGAAAAAGUCAAAGGGUAUGAAUACUUUCUGAAGGCACUGUAACUGGUGAACAGGUCAUGAGCUGACAUAAAAUAUGAAGGUUUAUACACACUCCAGUUUGAUAGUCUAACCAUCUAACUUUGGGUUGAGUUAAGUACAAAACUGUUCACUACCAUUCUGUGGCACUACAAAACUAUGUGUGAACAACCACCAUACAUAUCCACCCCUGCCAGACUCGCUAUAUGAAGAAUAAUUUGGCUACUAAUAAUGCAACAGUCAAUUAUAUCAACUACGGUUACAUGUAGGUUUUGAAAUAACAGGCCAGGAAAUUCAACGUUUCUCCUGUCUCUCUGUCUCUCGUCAGGACCACAUGUAUAACUGGGAUGAUGGUCUGAAACGUGACCACAGGCCGGAGCUGAUUCCAGCAUCCUCUGACAUGAGCAAGGCACACAACUAUCGCCACAACAACUUCUCCACCAUCAAAUCAGCAUCACUGGUAAGGGUCAACACUCCUUUAUCUCUCUAGCUUCAUUUAUCUCUCUCUCUUCUCUCCUCUCUCUCCACUAUCCACUAUCAAAUCAGCAUCACCGGUAUCAUAGGGCUAACAUCAUAG